AUGUCGUCACUUUUGGACAAAUCGCCACCCCCAGCUCCCAACUCGGAUAUCCGCAAUAAAAAAGCCGCGGGCAAAGAGCCGCAAGGGCAUUCUGCACCUCAACUCCACUGCAACCCUCCACGUCACCCGCAAAAGCUUCGGAAAAAGCUCUGCCUAACGGCCCGUCUCGGUCUCAUGGAGCCGCACCCGUGCUAUGCAACGUCACUGAAGGCCCAUGACGUGCCUCUAGAUCCAACGACGCCGAAACACGUGCUCAGAAGGGCGCUUGCACCCCAGCGCGGCCCCCCCAUCGCUUAUCUCAGCCUUGUGCUGCUUCGGCAUCGUCACGGCGACGCGAUGACAUCGUCACACAUGGCCAUGAAUGGGACUUGGCGACGGCGACGACGGCGAUAUGCAUCAAGCAUCGCCAUUCACAAACCCAUAGAAUCCUGGUUCACGAGCCUUGCCAUGACCCAUUCGCGCCGCGGACAAAGCAAGAUGCGUUUGUCCGGCGCGACACCUCAUACGUAUGAGUUUGGGGCCUGGUUUGAGCGCCUUGUUCCGCAACUCUUCCCCAUCGAAUGGAAGAACAAAGUCACGAUAACGGUUUCUCUACCUGACACACUCAACGUCCACCCUAGCCUCAAGACCCACGCAAACUGUGGAUACGAGCAUGCAAGCUCCAAGUACGAGGAGCGAAGCAUGGCUUGUGGUGGCCUGCAGGCGCGUUACGGAGGCUCGGCACGCUUAAUUUGCGCGCUAGAGAUGGGGGGAAGAAGGGGGGGAGGGGAUGGCUGGCUUAUGGCCGGCGAACCAAAACAAGGCCUAUUCGAUCCCGAGAUGAAGACGAUCGCGAAGGCGCUUAUCAAUAUUGCCCUUUUCGCUUUGCGACGGCUACUGACUGCCGAUGGUUACUGCGACGACCCUGUCUCUCACACUAUCUUCGUCUCACAGCAGCUUGCCUUUGCGUGA